UUUGUUAUUUACCACCGUUUCUUUGUUUCAGGUGCCACCCUAGUCCUAUCAUAUCCACACUUCUUAUAUGCAGACCCCAUUUACGCGAAUGGCGUCAUCGGGAUGCACGCUGACGAAGACACUCAUAGAAUUUUCAUGGACAUAGAACCGAAUACCGGGACGCCGAUCGUAGGUGCUAAGAGGGCUCAGUUUAACGUCUUCCUGAGACAAAUUCCUGGAAUCACGGAGACACAGAAUCUGCGCACGACCCUUGUACCUUUCCUCUGGAUAGAAGAAGCCCUGUAUCUUCCCGAAGAGUUUGUUGACGAGCUAACAGGUAGACUACUAAAUAAUCUCAGGCUGGUGGACAUAUUGUUACCAGUUUUAAUAGCAGUGUGUUCCGUCGUGUUCGUCGCGGGAAUAGGACUUACCAUCAGAGCCAAGCGCAGGAAAGAAAACCCACCGUUGCUGUCCAACGGAGACUCGACUUUAGAAAAUUAAAUAAAUGUAAUCACAAAAAUG